AUGCCGCCCAAGAAGCAAGCUCCAAAGGGACCAGCUCCCAAGGGACCCUCUUUUGACGAGAUCAUCCAAUCCGAUCGUCAAAAGAAGCAGAAUGAGUUGCUGGCCAACCAAAUUCUCGGAAAGAACAAAAACAAGAAGGAACGCAGAGCGAGUGCGCCCGGCUCUGGCUCUGGCGCACUGAGCAGGGCACAGCCUGCGAAGCCCGGGAGCCUGGCUAGUCGCAUCGCAGCUCCGGGCCAGUUAAAGCGAUCCGCAUCGGCCUCAUUCCGGACGACCCAGCCACAAUCCCAGCCUCAACACAAGACCAAAGUGAAGACGAACCUAUCUCCUGCCACCGUUGGGGCCGCACGAUCACGCGAGAAGCCCGCGCGCAAAAAGAAUCAAAAGGAACAUCCGCACUCGGAGCGCCUGCUGUCCCUUGUCCAGAAUGCACGGGAUGCCAAUCCCCAUCCCCACCCCCAUCCCAAAGUAGCAAAGAAUGGCCUGUCGAUUAAGGGCGCCUCGGGCCCAUUCAUCGUGGUGGGGAGCAAUUUUUCCCCGGGGACAUCUGCCGCAGAUAUUCAAGCUGCUUUGGAGUCCCGGACUGGACCAAUGCUUAGCUGCCGUGUCAUCAGCCACUCGCCAGCUGUCACGGCAGAGAUCACCUAUGCAGAGAAGGAAAUUGCGGAGAACACAGUCGCCAACUUUGACAACCAAUGGGCGGACAAGCGGAAAUUAACUUUCAAGCUGAAAGUUGGCGGCGACACCACGCAUGUCAACACGCAAAACUCGUUUAACAACCUUCGGGAGCAGGCCGAUCGCGAUCGACGCAAUCGCCGCGCAGAACCUCAGGUCCAAAAUGGAAGUUACGGCUUUGACGUCGAGGAUGAAGCUCUUCGUUACAACUUGCCCCAGUCAAGUCUUUACAGCGAUCAGAUGAUGGUGGAUACACAGCAAAACAACCAAAGUCGGCGGAGGCGAUAG